AUGUUACGCACAACGGAAAGUGGUGCGUUGCAGGAAUUUUCCAGCACUAUGAAGAGUAUCCAUCGAAUUGUUGCUGUUGCUGCAUCUUCUGACAAGAAACCAAACACCUUCACCAUGAGUGACUACGAAGAUGCCAUGGACAUAAUGGAUGAUCCAGUGAAUUCAGAUGUGUCUGGAGUGCGUCAUAGGCGAGGGUGGGACCCUGAUCGUGUGUCAUUAAGCUCUGAAGUUCCUGGUCUGAAUGAAGUGAAAGAUCUCCUUGAAGAUGAUGUGAGUGUUCUCUCAGAGGGUGAUGAUGGUGUGGGAUGCCCUUUACCCAGCACCCCAGAAGAUGAAAAUCUUCUAAAUUGUGAGAUGACUGAAGUCCUCAAAGCUGGAGUGCUGUCUGAUGAAAUUGAUCUAGGAGCGCUAGCUCAUAAUGCUGCUGAGCAAGCUGAGGAAUUUGUACGAAAAGUUUGGGAAGCUUCAUGGAAAGUGUGUCAUUUUCGUAAUUUGCCUCAAUGGUUGCAAGAUAAUGAUUUCCUGCAUGCUGGACAUAGACCACCACUUCCCAGUUUCUAUGCGUGCUUUAAAAGUAUUUUCAGGAUUCACACUGAAACAGGAAAUAUAUGGACACAUUUGUUGGGUUGUGUUGCGUUUAUUGGUGUAGCUACAUAUUUUCUAACUCGCCCUUCAGUAGAAAUUCAAUUUCAAGAAAAAUUAGUCUUUACUGCAUUCUUUGCUGGGGUAAUUGUGUGUUUUGGCAUGUCAUCAGCAUUUCAUACAGUGCAUUGUCACUCUGAAUGUGUUGGCAAGUUAUUCAGCAAGCUAGAUUACUGCGGUAUUGCUAUGCUGAUCAUGGGCUCAUUUGUACCUUGGCUCUAUUAUGGCUUUUAUUGCCAGUUUCAACCUAAGCUUAUAUAUUUAAGUGUUGUAAUAUGUCUGGGUAUAGCAUCCAUAGUUGUUUCCUUAUGGGACAGGUUCAGUGAACCAAAGUAUCGAUCACUGAGAGCUGGUGUCUUCAUGGGAUUUGGUUUAAGUGGUGUUAUUCCAGCAGUUCAUUAUGCAAUAUCUGAAGGAUGGUUCAAUGCUCUUUCACAGGCAUCUUUGGGCUGGCUCAUUUUGAUGGGUGUAUUAUACAUCAUGGGUGCUAUGUUUUAUGCUUUAAGGGUACCUGAAAGAUUCUUUCCUGGGAAGUGUGAUAUCUGGUUUCAGAGUCACCAAAUCUUUCAUGUAUUGGUAAUUGCAGCAGCGUUUGUGCAUUAUCAUGGAAUCUCUGAGAUGGCAAUGUAUAGAAUGACAGUGGGGGAAUGUGCUAGUGAAAAUGAAAGCUCAUCAGUUUGAUCAGAUCAUUUUCCAAUCUCACUUCCUUGUAGAGAUUUAAAAGGCUCAGGUAGCCGAAUUGGUAUGUGGUAUUUUCUGAAGGAAUGACAAUAUGUUACUGUCUUGCUAUGACAGUCUCAUCUAUGUAACUUUGAAAAUAACCUAUAUCUAUUUGAGGGGUACCUUAUAUUAUAAUAAUUCAAGAUCAUGCCAACAGAUGAGCGGUAAUAUUGAUCAGUGUGGAUUAGUACUAUGGUUUCCCUUCAGUCACACUGAAGAAUACGUACAUCUUCCAGAAAUAAUUCAAGCUGUAUCAUGUACUCAUCUGAUGGAUAGUAUGUCAAUGCAAUUGAAAUAUUGAGAUAAGCCAAAAUAUAUUUUUUCUCAAUGAUUACUUAAUUUUACUGAGUGUAGUCAAUUUCACUUUUCGGUCUUAUAAGAAUAUUUGUGGCUAUUACAAAUUUAACAAGUCAAAGUAUUUGUAUAUUAUUAUUAUUUAUUUGUUGACUGAUAUAAGCUAUGGCAUUUAUGUAAUUAUAUGCUUCUUUUAAUGUCGUAUUAUGAUGUUCUGAAAGAUGUCAUACUUUCAUCAGAGUUGAAUGUGCAGAGGUACAAGUAUGUUGUUUUGUUUCAAAAUUAUUCACUUUAAAGAGAGAUAUAUUUAUAUAGUGUAAAUGAAAUUAUUAAAUAAAGCAGUCUUGUUCUGUUUAUGAAUGUGCAAGCAGUACUCUCUAUCAAACACGUCAAGUGCACAAUUUACAUAAUCCUCAAUUCAUUCGUUUUUUCUAUUUACUUAUCUAAAUAUUCUUAGUUGGCAACUGCUGUUUUUAAGAAGUAAAGCCAAAAAUUUUAACCUCAUUAGGUAUUAUUGCCCAUUUAAAUUCAGUACUGUUGAAGUAAUUAUAGUUUGACUUUCUCUGCCUUAAAUUUCCUAUAUUGUAGUCUGGUAACUUAUUAUAGAUUUGUCAUCAGUACUUUUCUUGUUUGUUGUGCUGCUUGCAGUUACUGUGUUUUCAUUUUAUUUUAUUAAGUUUACACAAGUGUUUGUAUAAUUGGAUAUCCUAGUUAUGCAUGCAAUUAAUGCUCGAAAUGGAGCCAUAAUUAAAGGGGGAGGUUUAGGAUCUCGAUUCUUUGCUAUUCCAAUGUAACAUUGAAUCAUGCACACUUAAGGCUUCCAAAGCUUGUACAUUGGGUGAUUCUUCUUUACAAGACAUUUGUGGAGAACAGUGAGUUAUUACAAAACAUGGGUGGUCCUGUGUUACAUAACACUUGCAAAUGCAGGUAGAUUGUAGGUUAGCAGGCAGAUUGAGAAUUGCUUCAUUAUUUAUAUCGUUAUUUCAAUUUCCACAAAUAAGGCUUAGCUUCAAAAAUCACAUGUUUGACAUGUCUAUAAAACUGUGUUCAUUCUAGUUAAGUUUGUGUUGAAAAAAAGAUUUGUAAUCGUCUUAUGAAAUUCAUGGACUGCUUUUGUUGAAUGUGAAAGUUUAGAUCAGGUGAACACUAUGAAAACAAAAAAAAUUAGGAAAAAAUCAAUAUAGUGAAAUUUUAUUUCAAUUCUGGCUAGUAAUUUGGAGGAACUGAAAUGGUAUUGUUUUUAAGAUUGAACCCUGUUGAGAGGACAAUUAUUUUCUUAUGUUGCACAGGCUUAACAAUUUUAUUAUAUGGCCCAUUAUUGCAAAUCUGAAAGAAAUUCUUUCAGGAAACCUUCAGUAAAUUGAAAUUUUGGAAUAUACCUUCAUUGUAUAAGGCCCAGGAAUCAAGCAAUUAGCCUUUCUUUAAUAACUAUUUGUUUUAUAAUGACCAUUAAAUAUUUUCCAAUAGUGUGGUCGUAAAACUUUAUUAUAUACAUCUGCAACUUUUGUGUAGCAACUCUUCCUCCUUUUCAUGGAAUGGGGACAUGUAAUUUUCAUUGCCUACCAAUUCAUUUUCAGCCUAAAUUGAUCCUUGUAACCUCCUGUCUAGAGACAUUAUACGGGACCUCUGCACCACCAGUUAUGAUUAUUCAUGGUAUUUGUGCUUGUCUUGCCUGUGUUUUAUUAAAUAUAUGUACACAGGUUCAGGAAUUCAACUGCUUCUCCAACUAGGAACUGAUCCUUUUUUCAUUCCCAAAUUGAUCCAUUAAUUUGUUUAAUGAAAUGAGUUGUGCUAUGAGUCUUUAUUUUCAGUUAACAUACUAAACCCUCCUCUUUGUAAAAUAAUAGCAUGGAUCUUAUUCAUAUAAAGAAUUCCUUUUAAAAAGCUUCAUUUGUGUAAUAAUACCACAAAAGGUGCACGACUAUGAUUACUACUUUCAAACUUAAUACUUUUCUGGUUGUAUACAAUGAGAUGUGUUACAAUUGUGGAAAAUUGAUGUGUGAUACUAUCUAUUAAGGAUAAGAGCUAAGAUGAGUGUGUAUAUGAAGUACUUCCAUUACAAGAGUGUUGCACAGUUGUGACUAGUGUUUUGUAAAGAAUUUUUCAUGUCAGUCAAGUAUGGGAAACAUAGAAAUAAGUUCUUUUGUGGGGAAUUCUUCAGAAUAGCAUUUGCCAAAUUGAACAUAUCAAAUAUCAUAAUGCAUAACAGGUAUAUAAACAUAUAUGUAUUUAUUAUGGUUUACUGUCGGUACAGCAUGGUGAUAGUAGGUAUUAGAAUGAAUAUAAUUAUUAUUUUCUAAUGAGCAUGUAUGCUCUUCUGGCUCCAUGGCUUCCAAGAAAGAUAUCCCUACUUUAAAUGCUUUUUUUAAAUUUUGUUCGGGCUCAACAAAACAAAUGCCUACGUAAUGUGCUGAUGGAAUAUUCUGGUAAGUAUCAGCUCCUGAUGUACUGUUGUGAAUUCCUGUAGAGCUGUGUUUUAGAAAACCUUUGUACACAGUAUAGAUGUUGAAUUUCUUGUAGUGGCCUGCAUGCAGUUGUUUGUUGUUUACUUCAAAAUUUUCUGAUGUAGGAAGACCGAUGUACUUACUCAGUUACGUUAAUAGAAUUUUCCCUUAUAUACAUGAGAUUAGGAAACAUAGAUUAAUAAUCUUUGAAAUGGACUUCAAGCAACUGUUUUACUACACUUCAUGUAACUAACAUCUUUGGCUGUCGACCAUUAAGAAAUUUCAGUAAUGGGCAGUAAAUCUAUUAUUCUGUGGUCCACUGAAAUCAAAACUUUUUGCUUAGGUUUUAAUAUCAAAAUAAAAUAAAUGUUUUAAAUGUAGCCAACCUAAUGAAGCAUUGCUCUAAUUUUGUAGGUGUAAAGUUGAUUGUGCGACUUUAUUCAAGCAUCACAUCAUCAUUGUGGAUAAAUUUUAUUAGAUUAGAACUUUUGUUGAUUUUUAGGGGGCUAUUAAAGGAAAACAUUCAGAAUGAUCAGAGUAUGAAGGUGAUAUUGAUGGUGUGUAGUUUCAUUAGUGAUCCUUUUAGUUUGAGUGUUUAAUAUGUUGCAAUGAGAUACAAGAGGAUAGCUGAAAAGAAAAUUAACUUUGGAACUAAUAUUUGAUUAAAAUUAAUUUCUUCUCAUUUGAGUUAUCUGUUGGUGUUGCUUUUAAGCCAAAAUACUUCAAAGGAUUUCUUGAGAUCUAGUUUGAUAUAAUUUCAGACAAUGCACCAUGGUUACUUAUAAAUAGGAACUUGACACUGCACAACAAUAAAAUGAUUAAAUAGUAGGAAUUGCACAACAACUGCACUGCUUUAUCAAACAAAAAAGUUUUGCCUUAUUGUAGUUUAUGAUCUUAAGUUGAUACCUGCUUCAACUGGGCCAUUAACAGACUUCGAGAGUUGUGUAAAAUCCUGAUUUGAAUAGUUCUUAUACCUGUGAUGCAACUGCUCAAUUCCCAAGAUCUUCCAGUGUUUGUGAUUUAAUUUUUGCUGGGUGACUGAUAUUGCUCCUAAGUACAUUGCUUAAUUCUUUUGAAUAAAUUUUUCAAAAUUUAAUUUAAAUUGAAAAACAAAAUUACCUGAUUAGUUGAUCAGAAAUGGAAAAACCUUAACGAAUACUAUUACCAUGUAUACAUUAAAGAAGAGAUGCAAAUAGCCUAAAAUGUAUACUCCAAGAGGUCCCUGAUAAUAUUAACUUCUAAAAUUACAAUACCAGAUAAACUUACAUUAUCGUGAUUACUUUAUGGAUUUAAUCACAUCUAGAAAUUCCAAGAUAUUGGUCCUCACGUGGAAAUGAUUUGGAAAAAUCUGCAUGUGACUUUUCUCAAGAUCCAUAAGAAUUGUAUUGUGAUUAACCUAUUGGAGUAAAUUGAGAGAUCUAUAAUGGGCAGGACUCGAUUAUCUUCGUAGUAUUAUGUAAGUUCCAACUAAUUUCAGUUCACAACAUAUAUUUUGUUUUUCCUUAUAAUUGUUAAAUGUCAUCUAGCAAUGCUUUCUUACAAAAUGCUCACUUUAUCUCGUGUUUCUAUAUUGCAUUCUUCCAGGCUAAUAUUAGCCUCUGCAUAAGCUGAUUAAUUGUAUAAAUACGCGAGGAUUUUAUUGGCUCCUCACCCCCCGAUUUGGGACAUUACAUACUAUUGUUGAACUUUGUGUUUGAUGUUGUGUCAGACUUGCAAUGUAAUUCUUCGUUUUAUAUCAAGUGUUCACACAACUUUAUUGUGCUUCCCAAAAUAUGAAAUUUUAUUGAAGUUUCACAAAAAUCCAUAAUGUUAAAAUAUUCAUAGCAUGCAGGAAUAUGUUGCCAUUUAUUAAAUAUUUUUGUUUGGUACUCGGCUAUAAAGUUUCUGAGCAUGAAAAAUAUCAGCUAAUAACACAAAUUAAAUUGGCCAAGUAUUACCUGCAUAAUUGUUUAAAAACAUGUGUAGUACUGAUAAAUAAGGUGUUACCUAUAAUUAUAUCAAUAAUUGAUUCAAUGAUGGCCAUCUUUCUUGUCAACUACUAGAUCAAAGCUAUCAAGAGCCACCAAAGGUCAUCUGUGUACUGUUGAUAUUUUCAACAUAAGUUUAGCAGUGGAAACAUCUUUCAGUUAUGAAUGGCUCCACUGGUCUUUUUGGAGCUUUUUUGAACAGGAGUAUAUUCAGAUGUCCUCACAUUUUGUCAUGUGCUGUGUGAUUGUUAAUACAACUGAAGGCUGAUAUUAAUUCUCCUAGGGGAAGAUGGCUGGAGACUCAAGUUCUGUAUUUGAAUAUGUGUAUCCUUGGAGUGCAUCUCUUUCAGAAUGAUUGGGACCUGAUUGUGGUACCACAUUUUGCUCCAUUUGGUAGAAAUGUUUAAAAAUAAUUUGUAUAUUUCUUAUUUACCAUGUAGAUACCACGGAUAAUUCUGCUUUUCCUAAUGUGUUAAAGUAUGUGCUAAUGUAUUAGAGAAGAUGCAGGAAUAGCUCAAAAUAUCUGGUAAUUAUUUAUUGUAUCUGGAUUAACAGCUGCAUAAAUACUAAUUAUCAAAGUUUUUCUACCUAAAUAUUUUGAAGGAUUAGUUCUCUUUAGGUUAAUUUGAAACAAUUUCAUUUCAAAACUUAGUAAUAAAUAUGCAAAUUACUGGAGUAAUGAAAUGUUCUGAUUCAAAAUUGUAUUCAUUGUUCCCAACAUCACGUGCACUUGUACCAAUAUCCUUAAUGUUGGAUGGAUUUCCCUUCCAUUAAUUUCAAUAUUAGAAUAAUGGAAAAAUAUGACUUCCUGUAAUACAUACAACUUAUGACAUGAUUGUCCUCUUGAUGACUUCAAAUGAGUAUUUUGUUUUUUCUAACUAGGAAAAAAAAAUUGUUUAUUCUUGUGUUGCAGACCUUAGAAAAAUGUGGAUUUUAAGCAUUGUAUAAAGCUGGUGCAGUUUAUAACAAUGUAAGAUUUGAACAAUUCAAUAUGCAAUAUUGAUAUAUUUAAAUAGCUUUGAGUAUUAACUGUGUGAAUUAGCUGUUUGUUUUGAUGGUAAGCAAAAGUAUUUCUGAACUUAAUGACAAUUCAAGGUUUCUAUAAUCUGUGAUCAUACUUUAUCAAAUUAAAAUAUUUUGUUACAGUGCAAACAAUAUGUUUUUAAGUAAAAGCACAGUAACCAUAGUGGUUUAAGUUAACCUUAGAGAUGAGUAAUUAACAACAGAGAUUUUUGUUUUUACAUUUAUGUAGUCACUAUUUAUGUACAGAUAAUCUCAUUUUACACUUCAUCUGCAAUCUCAGUUAUGUAGUUACUAGCAUGUUUUGGGUUGACUGAGCAGCAAGAGUAGAUCUAAUGUGCUGGACAGUAUCAUUCAGCUGCCAUAAAAAGCGAAAUGUUGCUAACAUAAGUAAGUAAAAGAAACAAAUUCUUAGCAAAAAAUCUAUUAUUGAACAUAAUUAAAGUUUUAUACUUUAUUUCUUCUAUUUAUAACUUGAAAAUUGUAUUUUUCAACAGGAUGAUAUAGUAGGCUACCUUUUCAGAUAAUAUAUGAUUAUUUAAUUAGUUAUCUAAUAUUUCAAUCAUCAUUGUUUCAUCCACUGAACAAUUUUUGGCUUUUAUUUUUAUUUGGUAGCCUCUAUAUGAUAUACGAUUUAGUACCCUGAAAUGUGUUGAAGAAUACCAGAAUUCAGGGCUCAAAAUAGUCAUGGUGCAAAUUAAUGAAGAUAGAUGCUAACAGAUAUAUUGUUUUCUCUGAAAGUAUUUCUUGUUUCAUCUUUAGAUCCACUAGAGACAAAUAGUUUCCCUCCCCUCCCCUCUGACAACCACUUUUUAGACAAGGAAAUUAGACAAAUGUAUUACUUAUAUUCGGGGGGGAGUCAAAUUUAAAUAAAACAUUCAAAUCCAAAGAAAACACUAUUUGUAAUUUUCAAAGAUCACCUUCAAAAUCUGAUCACAGCACCUGAAAUGUUUCAGAUAUUUUAUAUUUGUUUAGUUAUGGAAAUUAUGUGAAAACAUCAUUGUCAUACUCUGUAAUGCAUUAUGAGAGAUACAGUAUGUCAUUACACUUAAUGCUAGUAAGAGUUGUGGUUCCAUUAAAUGUAAGUAAGAAGUGGAGUCAACUGGACUUUAUGCUAUUACCUACAGUAUUCAAUAGAUUUUACUGUGAAUGACUUAGUGGCACUGACUUUUUAUGAUACAGUCUUAUGCCUUAAUUAUUCUAUUCACAUGGAUAUGGAGCAGGGUUUUUUAAAAUAUACAUUUUUCUUUAUCACAAAAAUGAAGUAUUUACAGUGAAUCACACUAUGGACCAAUAUAGUUUCUAAUUCUGAAGUAGUAGGACAAUACAGAAAAACUAAUAAACACAUGAAGGUAUGUUAUGUAAUUUUUGAUGUUUGAUGGUGAUUGAACUUUGUUACAAAAUUAAUUAGGGGCAUUGUCAAAGAUACACAAGGUUGCAUCUUAGUUUUCUUUUCAUUGUGUUUAAUAUUACCAGGAAAGUAAAAUUUCUUGAAACAUUCUACCAGUCUCGCUAAGCUAUGUGAGAAAAUGAGUGAGAUGGUAUACAUGUAUGAAGCAAUUUUGAAUUGUACAUGCUGCUUAUGUGUAGAUUUAAUUUGUUUAUACAGUGGUAAUUUCUGUGAUUAUACAUUGGAGUGAGUUGCUUUGAACUAUAAUAUGGUCGUAAUUUCUGUAUGGUGCAGAGACAUUAUAUUUAUUAGUUUGUUGUAUGUUAUGUGUAAUAAAAAUUUGUUGUUGCUCA